UCAAUAAAAUUUUAUUGGUAAAAAUAAAAGAUACAUAUGUUUCCCUACGUGUAUUUUUUACAUACCAAAAGGGUUAUAUUUAAGAACGCUUACUUUCCUUGGACAAAUCCGAAAAAGUUCAAGAAAAAAUGCAAAUAACGAUAAAUAAAGUAAAGGAAUUUUGUGAAAAAAGAAAAGAAAAAGACAAAAAAAGAAAAAUGAAUACAGCAUUCAAUAUUCCUUGGACGAUUCCAUUCGAAAUACAAUAAGAUUUCUUGAAAAGGACAUUGUUGGGUAUAUAACUUACCUCUUCUCAGGUAUAAAAUCCUCGGGUAUAAAACCUCCAGGUAGAAAAUUUGCUUUCUUUCCGUUCUCCAAUUUUCACACUUAGAUCAGUGAGAUCAGUGAGAAAUAAACAGAAAUAAAACGUCCUGCGUCGGCGUACAUGACAUCAAUGACAUUUGUAUCUACAUAUAAUCUACCUACAAUACAAAUGAAAGUAGAGGUCUCAGGGACAGUCGCGAUUCGCGAUAAACAGAAGACGAUCGCGCCAGCGGUAUCUUGCGGUCUCCUUAGCGCUGUCCUUCAUCGGUUACCACAUUGGCCAAUCGUCGAACUGAUUAGGCACGUAUAAACUCGCUAGUUCUUUUCCUGGUAGCUCAGUUCCUUCGUGUUCCUUCGGACCGUGUGUGUGUAAACCGCUGUGCUCGAGAAUAAGGAAUAAGGAUUAUUACGUUUGCUCUGUGAUUUCUGAGCUUGAGUGGGGAGAAAUUUGCUUAUCCAAAAGAGAAUUAUCAGUGACAAAUUAUUUUAGCCGUGCGAGUAAUGACUGAAUACAAGGAGCAGGCUUAUAUGUUUAACAACUUCGAGUUGAAGAGAUGGCUUCACGGAGACGAAAAUCGUCGUCGUAUGCUGCUAGUCAAGCUAAAGAAUGAUUUGCGGAAACUGGGAUUAUCAAAGCGGGCGACACGAGCAGGACUAGUACAGCUUGUGAUGAAGCCGUGCGUGGUUCUGAAACGACUGUCUGUUUCCUGUUAUAGAAAGAAGUUACUGCAAUCAUCGCAUAGUAAUUUCGUUCCGAUCCACAAGGAAAGAUUGCAAACCAAUCACCGAGACGAUGCCGAAAACAACAGACUAGAAGACAAUAGAUUAGAAGACAACUCGCAAGAUAUUGUUCAACACACUUUCGACGCACAAAUUUCAAACGCUGCUAUUGGAAUACCAUUGAUUAAUGUGGUAAACGCUAAUAAAACGUGUCAGAGUAAGAUUCAAGAGUGUGAUUUGUUCAGAAAAGAAUCGUCAGAUGGCACUAAACAAGAUUUUAAUCAAAAAGUAGUAACAAACAUUUCUCAUAUUGAUGUUACAUCAACAAAUUAUAGAGAUAUUUUUGCAAAAAAAUCUGCUAUUAAAGCGUCACCUAGUUUUUCCUCGUCGGAAGAUGAAUCGCUAAACAAACACAUACAAAAUGUUGUUCAUGAAUUUAUAAACAAAUCAUUAGAUACAACUGUGCCAUUUCAAUUGAAGGAACAUUCAGACCCUAAAAGUAGUAUCGAUCCCUUGAAAGAUGUUUUUAGAGGAGAACAUAGGGAAAAGAAAGACUGUGAAGUAAGGCAAGAGUUUUUCCCAGUAAAAAGCAAACUAUUAGAUAUGUCACAAGAAGAUUCCUAUAAAUCUAAAACUAAUAAUAUCCUUGAAAGUAAUAUUAGCUCAAGCAACGCAAUAAUUUCAGAAUCGAAAACAUAUGCAAAAGUAAAAGUAAUUAAUUUCGUAGGUAAAAUUCAAAAUGUGUCUACUUCAGAAAAAUUGGAAAAGUCAAUUGAACAUAUCGAUACAUUAUUACAUCAAACGCCCAUAAAGGAAAAUGUUAAUGAAGCAAAAAUGUAUUUAGAAUCUAAAAAUCUGCAAACGGAGAGUCAACCUAUUGAAACAGAUUCUGAAACAGUAAUUAAAAGAAAGAUACGUUCCGGAAAUUUAGAUCGAAAUAUAUCGUUGAUAAAGAAACCAAAGGAGAAUGAAGUGAAUGUGUCACCAAAAAAAGUAGUAGCAGAUAGUACUAUCGGAACAUCUCACUACGAAAUGCUAUCCGACAAUGAAUUGGUUCACACAGCAAAUGAAAGAAAUGAGCAGAGUACGAAAUGUAUGAUAACAGAAAGAGGAAGUUCUAAAUUCCUGAAGCGAAUAAGGGAACGACAUAGGAAAAAAAAUAAUAUGAAGAUUAUAAAGAUACGAACAAAAUUUCACGAAUGUUUUCGAGGCAAUUUCGAUACCGACACAAGUGAAAGUGAAGAGGAACGCGAAAUUCUGUUGAAUCUAAAGAAAAAUAAACAACAGUUUGAUGAUCCAUUACAUAAUAGUAUAACAGAAGAAAAGGUAGGAUAUAUUUUUGAAAGAAAUAAGUUGACACAUGAUUUAUCGGCUAAUAAUUGGCAGAAAAAUAUAGAGAGAGCAAUACCAGAUAAAAUAAGGUUCGACAACUUAUACGAUUCCACUGUAUCCGACAAAGAAUACGCUCUGCGCGAUACCGUAACAGAAAAACAGAUAGAAGAUAGUGCAUCGUUAGAUAAAUAUGCUAUGUUAACUAACAAUUCGCAAAAUACAGAGAACAUAAACUCAGAUAAUUUAUGCGAUUCUAGCACAUAUGCCGAAAAGUUUGAUGAUAUAAACGAUGCUACAACAGAUGAAGAAAUGGUAUCGAUUUGUAAACGUGUAAGCACUUCUGUUAAUGAUUCACAGAAAGAUAUAGACAACAUAUACUCUGAUAUUUCAUGUGAUUCCGAUGUAUGCACCGAAAAAUAUUCUCCGUCCAAUGUUACAACAGAUGAGGAAGUAGAAGAAGAAGCAUUGGUUUGUGAACAUGGCAUGUCAGAUAGUAAUUCUCAGCAAAACGUAAAGAAUAAAAAGGACGCAAUCUCGAAUAAAAUAAAAUUUAAGAAUUCAAACGAUUCCUCUACACACAAAGAAAAGUAUGCUACAAAAGAAAAGAAUAUACAUGAUGGAGCAACAGUAUGUAAUUAUGAUAUGUCAACUAAUAAUUUGCAAGAAAAUGUGGAUGUAUCGGCUGAAGUAAGAUCUGAUAACUCAAGCGAUUCUUCUAAUUGCACAAAGAAGUAUUGUGCUACAAAUGUUAUUGUAACAAAAAAAGAAAUAAAAAAUAAAGCAUUGAUAUGUACAAAUGAUACGUUAACUAAUAAUUCACUGGAAAAUAUAGAGAACGCAAUACUAGCUGAAACAAAGUCUGAUAAUUUAGGGAAUUCCAUUGCAAGAACCAAAAAAUGUGAUAUUAUAAUAAAAAAGAAGAUAAAUCAUGACGAGUCAAUUAAUGAUGAAUCGAUAUGCAUGUUACCUGAUAAUUCACAAAAAAAUAUAGAGAGCGCAAUACCGCUUGAAGUGAUGGCCGAUAAUUCAUGCAAUUUCACUGUAAAUACCGGAAAAUACAUUAAACAUAGUACUAUAUCAGGUGAAAAGAAAGAUGGAGCAUCAAUAUAUAAACACAGCACAUCUAAUUUGCAAGAACAUAUAGAAAUCGCAAUACCGGCUGAAGUAAAUUUCGAUCCUUCUUGCGUUUCCAUUUCAAAUAUCAAAAAAUAUUCCACCCACAAUAUUGUAACAGACGAAAAGACAGAAGAUGGAUCAACAUAUAAAUGUGAUACACCUGUUAAUAAUUCACAGGAAAAUAUAGAGAGUAUAAUACCGGUUGAAGUACAAUUCGAUAAUUCAUGCAACUCUGAGUACGAAAUUAAUUCCGCUGUGAAUGUCGAAAAGUAUGACUCUAUGCACGAUACUGCAAAAGAUAAGGAAAUAAAAAAUAGAACAUCAAUAUGUAAGCGUAACAUGUCAGCUAACGAAUCAAAAAAUAUAGGAAAUGUAGUCUCGGCAGAAAAAGAGGACAUACAGAAUUCUUCGUCAACUGACACGGAAAAUAAUAGUAAAUGUGAUAUUAGCGCGAAACAUAAUAUACCGUCCAUGAUUGAAAUAAAUAUAGAUGAAAAUAUGAGUAUAGAAAAUAUAUAUUUAAAUAAAAAUAUAAAGAAAAAAGUAGAUACCACUUACAAGGAAGUGGAAGAGGUAAGUGUACAAAAUCUGCAAAAAAAUCAAGAAAUGCGCAAUGUCGAAAGUAUUGAUUUAGCGCAACACAAAAAUAUGCAAAAAAAUGCAACAUCAAAUUUGGAAUUGUUAAUCAUGUCUACAUUUGAAUCGACAUCGUACAAUGUUGAUAAAAAAGACAACCGUGACAUAUUGGGAAAAAAUGUCGAAAAUUUAUUAUCAAGUAACGAUAACAUGGGGAAAGACGAAAAAACAAUUGAUCAGCUUUCAAUGAUAACAUCAAAAUUACAAAAAAAUUCUUCGGAAGAAAAAAGUAAUGAUUCUUUUUCCAUAUUACCAAAUUCAUCUAGCAAAUCAAAUUAUAGUGAUAAUUGCUCAUUGGACAUUCACUUAACAGAUGAUGAUAACAGUAGUGAUAUUGAAGUAGAAAUAAAAAUAAAACCCAAAUUGAAAUCUCGAGUAUCACGGAAAUUUUCAUUAAAAGCACCUUGGUCUGCAGUAAAUACAUGUAUCAAAAACUUACACACACUUAAGGAUAAUCCGAGCUUUCUUAAUGAACUUUUGCAGAUGGAUAAUAGAACAUCUGAAAAGUUUGAUCGCAAGGUCACAAAUACAAAAGAAAAAGAAAACAAUACGUCAUUAGAUAAUAUUACUGCCGAGACUGACGAAAUCAUAUGUGAUUCUAGUCCUACUACUAAAGAUGAUGAAAAUCAUUCUCAACAACGAAAUUCUCAAGACCGUCCAAUUUUAAACGAAGAUAAAAAUAUAAUAGCCUAUGAUGACAAAAAAGAAAAACAUGAAUGCACUCAAUCUUUCAUUCAAACGACUCCAAUAAUAACUGAAAACAAUCUUGACUCAAGUAGACUUGCGUGUGAUACAUCUGAUUUGAGAAAACAGUCACAAAAGGUUGUCACAAACGAUAAACAGAAAAACAACGAAGAACAAAAUUUUCAAGAUAAAACAACUUUAGAGGGAACUAAGUCUGAUUUGGAAAAACGGUCACAAAAGGUUGUUACAAACGACAAACAGAAAAACGAAGAAAAAAAUUUUCAAGAUAAAACAACUUUAGAGGGAACUAAAAAUGUGGUGGAGCAUAAUCAGGUUAAAGAAGUUGAAAUAUUGUCUGUUGAGAGAAAGAAACCGCAGAUAAUGACUGAAAAUAGUCUUGAAUCAAUUAAAGCUGCGUACGACAUGCCUGAUGUAGCAGAACAGUUAUCACAAACUUCCUCGGAUAUGACACAUAAGAAAGUACGAGUCCGUUCUAUUGCGGAACUUAGUUAUCAGUGUAUCGAGAAAUCUGUGAAUCUGACUGCAUCGAUUCCAAGGAGUGUAUGCUCAGCACUCUGCCAGUCAGCAUCUCAAUCGACCACUGUUCAUUCAACAUCUUCUCAAUCAGCACCUCAAUCAGCAUUUUUUCAACCAGCACCUUCUCAAUCGACAGCUUUUCAACCAAUACUUCCUCAAUCAACAUGUUCUCAAUUAGGACGUCCUUCAUUAGUACCUCCUCGAGUUACAUUUCCUCAAUCAACAUCUCAGUCAGUAUCCAAACGGCCGUCACCAUCAUCAUAUAACACCACUCUUAAACAUAUGUACACCUCAGCUAAUACAUGUUCCGCGGUUGCACCGGUUGAAGUUAAUACUCCAAAUAAUAACAAUGCUCUCAGAAAUUUAAUACAGAUUACAAUAAAAAAUAUCUGCAACAAUGUUGGACAUUGUCGCAGUCUUGAUCAAUAUAAUCAUGUAAGAAUAAAUUUUCCUGAAAAUUACGUACAAAGAUUAUCUAUAACUAUGCAACAAAUAAGUCAAGACUUAGAAAACUUGAAAACGUGGCUGCAUAUGAAGGAUAUUGACAGCACGCUGAUUUACGUUAAUUUUUAUAUGCCAAAAAAUCACCCAGUGACAGUUUCGGAAUUGAAGAAAUAUGCGCAAAUUUGUUAUGAUUACUUACACAUCUCACAGCAAAACUCGUCACAAUAUCCGAAUAUUAGCAGAUUACUUUCAAAUGCAUCAAUGUCGAAUGUUAAUGCGCAACAAUUUUCGAGAAAUGCUUCAUUUCCAGAUACAAGAAUGCUAAAUCGUGACACAUUCAUGCAGUCUUCAACAAUGCCAUGUCUGGCACCAACGACUUCAAACAUCAACCAGCAGCAGUUGGUCAGAAAUUCGGCUAAUUCUACACAAGUACCACACUCGAGACAACCUAGGCCAAAUAUUCAUCAAUCAUAUAUGUCUUAUGUACCAUUUACAGCACAGUCACGUAUGCCGAACGCUAAUCAACAACAAUCUUUAGAAAAUGCGAGUCAUCCGAUACAAGGCCGAUAUAUGCCAGCAAAUAUAUUGAAUGUUGGCGUUCAACAGGGUUUUCUAAUUAUGAAUAAUAUUUCAUCAUCGAAUGUUAAUAUGUGCUCGCAUGAACCAGUAAAUCAAGGAAACGCAAACGUGUCUCCUACAACUAACAUGAGACAAUUACACACCUUGCAACAAAAUACAAUUAGCAAUACUGUAACCGCAUCUGCUGCUAAUAACGUGCAACAACAGAAACAAAUGUAUCUUCAGACAUCGCAAAUAAACUCAAGAACAGCAGCUUAUUCAUCGCCUAUGACAAAUCAAAAUAAUUCUCUUGGAAUACGCCAGACUAUGCCAGGCUGUGACAAUAUCAACUUAUCUGGAUCUUUCACGAUAAAUCCUGAUACCUCAAGAACUAACGCUGCAAUGGAAAAUGCUAGACAUGGGAGUACAAAUGUGAAUCAGCAGCAAGCAAGCUGCAGUCCACAAGUAUCUCAAAUAUCUUCAGGAAAAACGCAAUAUUUUCCGCAAUACAAUCCAAACCAAACUUAUCUUAUUGUAUCUCAAUCUGCACAUUCCAACAUACAAACGCAUCCCGUUCAGAAUACUUUGCCAAAUCAAAACGUGUGGCAGAUACAGCAGCAGCAAUUGGCGGUAAAUCAAGGGAAUACAAGUAUGCCUCCUACAACCAACAGGAAACAGUCAUAUAUCAUAAGAAAUGUAGUUAGCAAUACUACAACCGAAAAAAGCCAAAGAUACAUCUUGCCCAAAGAUAUAUCCACAUAUCCAGUUGAUCUAUCGAUUAAUGAUAUCCCGCAGAAUGUACAACAAAACAUGUUGCAGCAGAAAUUGCCAGUAAAUCGAGGGAAUGCAAACAUGCCUCCUACAACCAAUACGAAACAAUCACACAUCACAUCAAAAAAUCCAAUUAACAGUACAACCGUAACAAGCCAGCAUGUAAUAUCCAAAGAUACAUCUAUAUAUCCAAUUAAUCUAUCGAUUAACAAUACACAAAAUGUGCAAGAAAACGUGCUGAAUAAAGAAGGAGAGAUGGCCAAGUCACAAAAUACAAAUCGCAUGCAAAAGAAGGCACAAUCUAUGAAUCUGCAACAAGAUACACAUCAAGAAAUUCUAAGCGCAUGCAGCAGAUUGCAAAGUGUUGGCACUGUUUCGGAAAACACAAGGUCUUCUAUACAACGAUUGAGUGUCUUACAAAGUAUGAUGUCUACAAUAUCUCCCAAUAAAAAUGAUGCAGUGUUAUUUUUGUCUGCAAUCGAACAAAAAAAGCAAAGAAACAAAGUUACGUUCUCUAAUAAUCUGGCGAUUCUAACGGACAUUCAGAAAAUUCUAUUGCGUGAUCAAAUAAAAUCGUAUUUUAUCAUGUGGGAUGAACUAAAAAAUUUGCUUAGCGAGCAGGAAUUCGGACGAGUACAUAGUGAGAGAAUAAUAUUGUUUUACUCGUACGUGAAUUUAGAUGAUUACAUAAAGAGCAUAAUAAACGAAUCACAGACCGUUGAAAAAUCCGUCGAAAAAAGUUCACAAGAUAAUACGUCACAAAACAAGUCAACAUUACAAGAGGAUACAAUACAAACAUCCAUAUACAAGUUAACGAAGACUCAACUUAAUCAAGACAAUGAAAAUAGUUUAGAAUAUAAUAGGAUUUUAGAAAAACAAUCGGAACAAAGUAUUGAUCCGAAUAUUUCAAAGAGUCCAAAAUCUACGGCGGUAAAGAUUAAUUUAGAAGCGUCAAAUGAAGAGUCACCUUGUACGUCUGUGGUAACUAAGGAAUCCCUUCCAAAAGACACAAGAUUACAAGAACAAGAUAAUAAUACAUUAAAGAAGCAAUUCCAAAAAAAUCUAUUGAUCGAUACAGAAAAAGAAUCUUGGAAUGCAGAAACAUUGUCGCCAAAAGAGAAGUUGAUCACAGAAGUGUCUGCCAAGAAUUUUAAAACGAAAACGCAAGAUAAUGCGAAAAUUAACGAAUCUCUGAAAGUGACAAGUUUAUAUGAUCCCUCCCUUAAAAAAAAUCUACUGUUUAAUUUAUUACAGGAUGUGCCAACUAAGAAUACAAAAGAUCAAUCAGAAAUUACGACGAAUAAUAUAAAUAAGAGAUUCAGUAAUGUAGAAAUGGAAAGCGUAUGCGAAACUUCUGACAUUGUAACAUUAAAUAGUAGCAAACAAAACGAUGCAACAUCACGAGCUCAGUAUAACAUGGAAAACCAAAAUAAAAUAGUAUAUAAUACCAAUAACGAAAUAUCCAAUAAAAAUUUACGAGAUGGAAUGCGUGAUAACGUCAAAGAGAAUACUGAAAUAUUAAAUUCCACAAAAAUACAGUCUGAUUCAUUGAAUAUAUUGCAUAUUUCAGAAUCGUCCUCGUCAAACAACAUAAAGGAAUCGAUAUCUCCGAGAAAAUAUCUCGGAAAGAAAUGUGAAUCUACCGAAAUAUCGAAGCCACAUAUCGCAGAUGAGGAACACGCCGAAGCAACAUUAGAAUUUUGCUUAAGUAUACAGCAACAAGAUCCUACGAAUGAACGUAGUAAUGAUUCUACUGAAACGUUUGAAAGUUUCGGGAAACUGUAUAUCGACGAAAGUGCGGAGAUGCAAACUCAGUGCGAUAAGAUGUCGUCUUUUGAAGAAGAUAACUUAAAAUCACAAGAUUCAAUAGAACUAUUUGAUAACUUAAAAUCACAAGAUUCAAUAGAACUACUUGAUACGAUAAGCUGCGAUUCUACGAAAGUAACAUCAUUCUCUUUUCUCAAAAACAUUGCUAAGGCAGAUUUAUCUGAUACAUAUCAAGAUUUCAAAGCUGAAGCACAAGACAUUGAGGAAUUCGAUGAACACCAGUCGUUAGAAAUAGAGAAUAUGCAGCUACAGGAUGUAUCAUUGGAGUUUGAAGAUGAAUGCAAUGUGAGAGAAAGUGUGAUACAAUCGAUCAAUACCAUAAAGAAACAUGAAGAUACAACGAAAGAAAAUAAUGAACUAUCAAUAACAGAGGAGAACGAGUUUCAAGAAAUAUUAUCAAAUCGUGAAGUUUCAAAAGACACAUUGCAUGUCGAAGAGAACAUGACAGAGUCGAUCUACUUAAAAUAUCCUGAAGAUAUAGAAGAGGAAAAGAUGGAAAUAAACGCUCAAAAGCUUCCUGAAGAUAUAGAAGAGAACAAGAUGGAAAUAAACGCUGAAGAACUUCCUGAAGAUAUAGAAGCAGAAAUAGAUACUUUUAGUAUUAUUAAAAUAGACAACAAAGAUAGUGAGCAAUCACUAUUAAAAAUAGAGGAGGUCGGAUUUCAGAAAAUGUCAUCAAAAUUUAGAGAUCCGGGAGAUCUAUCAAGUAUUGAAGACACCUCAACAGAGUCGAUUUACUUUCAACUUCCUGAAGCUAUAGAAGAGGAAACGACAAAUACAGACACUCAAGAGUUUGAAUAUAUAGAAAAGAAAAAAGCGAAAAUGGAUACUCACAGUGGUAUUAAAGUAAUCAAUGAACAACUCAAGCAUGUAUCCGAACAAAAAUAUAGAAAAUCGCGCACUCGUGCACUUAGUUCCUUUCACAGAGACGAUUUUCUCGAUGUAAAUGAAAAAGAAGUUUCUGUCAAAACUGAUUUUCUUGACGCCGAUGAUAUCGAAUAUAUUUCCCUGAAAAGCGAUGACUCCAAUAGCAUGCCGAGUAUCUUGAACAUUAGGAGUAUAUCGCCAUCAUCAUUCGAGAAGAUGAAAAAUAUAAAUGCAUUUCUUGAAAAUAACUCAGAGUCGUUGACUGAAAAUGAUGAAAACUCGUUGGAUAUAAAUGACAAUUUGGGAAUUUCGAAUGAGAUAGACGAUAGGCUCUGUUUACGUUGCAAACGCAAAAGUAUGGUAUACUGUCAGGCUUGCUUGGAAGCUCAUUAUUGCUCGAAACGUUGUUCGUCUUUGCAUUGGAACGCGGAACACUACAAGCAAUGCAAGGGUCGUAAUUCGAUUAUCUGUAUCGAUGAGUAGUAUAAAACUAUAUAUAUUUGUAUCUUAAAAUACUCUACAAUAAUCUUCUGCUAACAUAUUG